AGAGGCUCCGCCCUCCCUCCGCGCCAGCCCCGCGGCGCCCUGGGCCAGCAGCCCUCCCUCGCCUCCCCGCGCUGUGGCCACUGUCCGUCCUGCACCCGGUCCCCGUGCGCUUCGAGCUUCCCGGCGCCAGCCUUCCACCUGAGCCCACCCCGCGGCGACGCCCUCCAGGAGCCCGCACCCGCCUCCGCCCCCUCAGUCACCUCUUUCUUGCGACCUCUGCACAGUUCUAGGCUGCUGGGGUCGGGGAGGAGAUGCUCAGGGUCUCUGGGGAGCGCAGUCCUGCUCUACUCAGCCACACCCAGCUUUAGACGGCUCUCUGAGCGGCCACUCUUCCGGACUCCAGUGAAGACGCCUUCCAGCCUGUCUUUGCUGAGACCCCCUACCCAAGGUGGUCUCUGUAGGGACUAAGGUCCCUGUUGUUGCAUCACUCAUGGCCAAUCCUCUGCCAUUAGUUCUUUGCUUUGCUCUGGUGGUGACACGGGUCUGGGGAUCCAGUACUCCUCCCACAGGGACAAGCGAGCCCCCUGAGGUGCAAACAGUGGCGCCCACGGAGGAUGACACUCUGCAAAACGAGGCGGACAACCAGGAGAACGUUUUAUCUCAGUUGCUGGGGGACUACGACAAAGUGAAGGCUGUGUCGGAGGGCUCCGACUGCCAGUGCAAGUGUGUGGUGAGACCUCUGGGCCGAGAAGCCUGCCAAAGGAUCAACGCGGGCGCUUCCAGAAAGGAAGACUUCUACACGGUGGAGACCAUCACCUCGGGCUCCUCCUGUAAAUGUGCUUGUGUGGCGCCCCCAUCGGCAGUCAAUCCUUGUGAGGGAGACUUCAGGCUCCAGAAGCUGCGGGAGGCUGACAGCCGGGAUUUGAAGCUUUCCACAAUUAUAGACAUGCUGGAAGGUGCUUUCUAUGGCCUGGAUCUUCUAAAGCUACAUUCAGUCACCACUAAACUGGUGGGGCGCGUGGAUAAACUGGAGGAGGAAGUUUCUAAAAACCUCACCAAGGAAAACGAGCAAAUCAAAGAGGAUGUGGAAGAAAUUCGAACUGAGAUGAAUAAGCGAAGCAAAGAGAACUGCUCUGAUAACAUCCUAGACAGCAUGCCGGACAUCCGCUCAGCCCUGCAGAGGGAUGCAGCAGCAGCCUACGCCCACCCAGAGGAACAGUAUGAAGAGCGGUUUCUGCAGGAGGAAACCGUGUCACAGCAGAUCAACUCCAUCGAACUCCUGAGGACGCAGCCGCUAGCCCCGCCUGCAGUGAUGAAGCCACAGCAGCCCCUGCAGAGGCAGGUGUACCUGCGAGGCCGGCUGGCUUCCAAGCCCACCGUCAUCCGGGGAAUCACCUACUAUAAAGCCAAGGUCUCUGAGGAGGAAAACGACAUUGAAGAGCGCCAUGAUGAACUUUUCAGUGGGGAUAACGGCGUGGACUUGCUGAUUGAAGAUCAGCUCCUGAGACAUGAAGACCUAUUGACAAGUGCCACGCGGAGGCCAGCAACCACUCGACACGCCGCUGCCGUAACAACUGACGCGAGUGUCCAGGCCUCUGCCUCAGCACCCAGCCUUGUUGACCCUGCCGCCAAGGCCUCCGCGGGACAGCUCUCGGCAACCACACAAAGUGCCACGGUGUUUCCGGAGCCUACGGAGAAGAUACCUUCUACUCAAGUCCCACCCACCACCGUGGCCCACACGGCCAUCCAGCCACCUCCAGUAAUGGUUCCUGAGGACGCAUUUGUGGAAGUUCCACACUUGGUCCCAGGGUUGCCUGACACCAUUGGGACAGACAUGCCAGAGGAGGAGGAGACUACAGGGCAGGAAGCAACCUCUGCUGGCCCCAUCCUGAGCCCCGAAGAGGAAGAUGACAUCCGGAAUGUCAUAGGAAGGUGCAAGGACACCCUCUCCACAAUCACGGGGCCCACCACCCAGAACACAUACGGACGGAAUGAAGGGGCCUGGAUGAAGGACCCCCUCGCCAAGGAUGACCGGAUUUAUGUAACCAACUACUACUACGGCAACACGCUGGUCGAGUUCCGAAAUCUAGAGAAUUUCAAACAAGGUCGCUGGAGCAAUUCCUACAAGCUUCCGUACAGCUGGAUCGGCACGGGUCACGUGGUGUACAACGGCGCCUUCUACUACAACCGGGCCUUCACCCGAAACAUCAUCAAGUAUGACCUGAAGCAGCGCUACGUAGCUGCCUGGGCCAUGCUCCAUGACGUGGCCUAUGAGGAGGCCACCCCCUGGCGGUGGCAGGGCCACUCGGACGUGGACUUUGCUGUGGAUGAGAAUGGCCUGUGGCUCAUCUACCCAGCUCUGGACGAUGAGGGCUUCAGUCAGGAGGUCAUUGUCCUGAGCAAGCUCAAUGCCGUGGACCUAAGCACACAGAAGGAGACCACGUGGCGCACUGGGCUCAGGAGGAAUUUCUACGGCAACUGCUUUGUCAUCUGCGGGGUGCUAUAUGCCGUGGACAGCUACAACCAGCGGAACGCCAACAUCUCCUACGCCUUCGACACCCACACCAACACGCAGAUCGUCCCCAGGCUGCUGUUCGAGAAUGAGUAUUCCUAUACCACCCAGAUAGACUACAACCCGAAGGACCGUCUCCUCUAUGCCUGGGACAACGGCCACCAGGUCACCUACCACGUCAUCUUCGCCUACUGACAUGCUUGACCCCUGCAAAGGGAAGUGCUGAGGGGGCCGCUAGCACCUUGUGUGUGUUUGUGUGCAUGUCUGUGUGAGAGAGUGUGCAGGUGGGUGUGUGUUGUCUUAAAAUAUAUAUUAUUUUGUAUAAUAUUACAAAUGUAAAAUGACAGUUUGGGGUCUUAUUUUUUUUAUAUGGAUUGUAGAUCAAUCCAUACAUGUAUGUGCUGGUCUCAUCCUCCACAAUUUAUAUUUUUGUGCAAACGAACUUCUCCUUUGGACCAGUAACCUACCUUCCUUUCACGCUCUACCCUCCAGCUCCUGAGCGCAAGGCGGAAGCGUUUCUUCCUCUGGGUCUCCCGGCCAGACUGUGCCAGGAGCAGGGGUAAAGGGCUCAAGAAAGAAGGGCUAAGUGGCAGGAAAUUUUUUUAUGUUAUUAGAGAAGUUCUUAAAACUCAGAAAAAAAAAUGCCUUUUUUUUUUUAAUAAAGGAGAAGUUUUAAAAAUCCU